AUGGAGAGAGUUUAUGUCAGUUCGAUCAGAAUGAGAAUUUUCAAUCAUAUCUUCUUGUUACUCACCAUAUUAGUGGCUUUCUCUGCUGUGGUUGCUGAAGACGGAGAAUCGAAGGAAAUUGAGAAGCUAUUCAAAAUGCCCAAGCCCAUAUUAUGCCGUGUACUGCCGCUUCCACCACUCCACCGACGCCUUGUUACACCGCUGCGUAAGAAAACUUAAAACUUGAAUCGGGACAUUGAUACUUCGUGCUCGAUUGCCGAUAAACCUUGGCAUUGUG